AGGGUUCAGUCAUGUGGUUCAGUUCCCCUCCUGCACAGUGGGCGGCGGUAGUGAGUCAUAAACAGGCGCAGCGCCCUGAGAUCAAAGGAGAGGAACUUCAGUGUACGCAGCAGCAUUUGCAAGGUCAUCUCUAAAAAUGUCUGAACAGAGGGCUUUAAAGAAUCCAUAUGCAGAUUACUCGGGGCCUGAAUGUGCUCAGGCCUUCUUUGACAUGCAUGGAAACCUGACCCAGCAUUUCUCGAGCUGUAUCUGCAGUAGGAUCGGUGAACUUCUGGCCAUCAUGGAGAAUGGAUUGAAGGGUGCCGAUCCCAGAGAUUGCACUGGCUACACUGGAUGGGCGGGCAUUGCACUGCUGUACCUGCAUCUCCACAGCAUCUUUGGAGAGACCUUGUACCUCCAUAAGGCUCUGGAGCACGUCAGCCGCAGUCUGAGGAGUUUAACCCAACGCUGGGUGACCUUCCUGUGUGGAGACGCAGGGCCGUUGGCUAUAGCAGCUGUGGUCUAUCAUCGUCUUCAGAAACCCCAUGAGGCUGAGGAGUGUUUGAACAGACUCAUGCAAUUGCAUCAGUCUGUGGUUCAGGGGAAACUUCCCGAUGAGCUGCUGUACGGCCGGACGGGCUACCUGUACUCCCUCAUCUUCGUCAACCAGCAGUUUCAGCAGGAAAAGAUUCCCAUCCAAUACAUUCAACAGGUCUGUGAUGCUGUGUUGGCGUCCGGGCAGAGUCUCUCUCAGAGAAGCCGGCUUCAGGAACAAAGCCCUCUAAUGUACGAGUGGUAUCAAGAGGAGUAUGUAGGUGCCGCCCAUGGAUUAUCAGGAAUCUACUAUUACCUAAUGCAGCCUGGUUUUGUCGGGGAAGACAGGAUUGUGUCUCUGAUCAAACCCAGCGUGAAUUAUGUGUGUCAGCUAAAGUCUCCAUCAGGCAAUUACCCACCCUGUGUCGGGGAUUCCCGGGACCUUCUGGUGCACUGGUGUCACGGUUCACCGGGUGUGAUCUACAUGCUGAUACAAGCCUUUAAGGUGUUCGGUGUAAAGCAGUAUUUGCAGGAUGCGCUGCAUUGUGGGGAGGUGAUCUGGCAACAAGGUCUUCUGAAGAAGGGUUAUGGGCUUUGUCACGGAGCUGCCGGUAAUGCUUAUGGCUUUCUGGCCUUAUUCAAGAUCACCCAAGACCCCAAACACCUUUACAGAGCCUGUAUGUUUGCAGACUGGUGCAUGAAUUAUGGAAGACAUGGCUGCCAGACUCCAGACACACCAUACUCUCUGUUUGAAGGCAUGGCGGGCACCAUUUACUUCCUGUCUGACUUGCUGCAACCAACUAGAGCAAAGUUCCCAGCGUUUGAGGUGUAAAGACGGCAGAGAUUUUUCCCUUGAGCUUUGUAUACACAUCUAAUGGAGGAGCAGUACCGUCCACACUGCACGUGUGUCUGCAUGUCUUGGGUCUGUCUGUAUUCAGGAGCGGUAACAUCAGAGGGAUGUUUCUGAAUAAUGAAAGUUGGAUAGGAAUCUAGGCGAUAUUGAGAAGGGGUGUAAUUGUUUUAAAUCUGCUUAAUAGAUUGCACUGUUUUUGUAUUAUUAUUUUUGCUGUGGGUGUGUAUGCACAUGUUAGUAUUGUUAGUUUUGUCAUUAACGCAAAACUAAUUGAACUUAAUAUUUUACGCAUUUCUUUUGUAACAACACAUUGUUCUGUUAAUGCUUAUAAGUACACAGAGGUUCUUAUAGAGUCCACUAUUUUAGGAUAAUCUUACAAAAAGCGUAGCUUUAACAUUGUUAGUGAGCUUUUAGUGAACUUUUGUUUUCUCUCAUAUGUGCAUUAGUAAAAUGCCUAUUAUUUUUUUUCUGGAUAUUUCUGGUGGUGAUUAUUUUAGAGGAUGUGCUGCAAAAAUGAUAUUUUUUCCAUCGUUAUUUGUAUAUUUCCAUCUGCAAAGCAAUUAAAAAUAAGAGAAAAAGUG